GUCUUCGCCGGUGCUGCUUAGGAGCUGCCAGGCUUGCACGAGGCUCCAGGAAACCUAGAGCUGGCGCGGGAGAGAGCGGGGGGCCCUCUGCCGGAGCUACCUGCCGGGUGCACCCCGCAGCCCGGCAGUGGCUUGGAGCGGGCGGUGGCGUGGCUUUGGGAUUGGGGGCUGAGACGCCCGGGCCACUGCAGCUCCGCUACGUGCGGGGAGGAGGGCCCAGUGGGCCGGCCCCGCGUGGGAUUCCCGGGGGCGGGCAGUUCAUCUCUUCGCCUUUCUCAGGCUUACGGCCAGCUUUUCACCCGGGCUGGCGGACUGGCGGCAGUGAGGGCCCGGGAGAGUGGCAGCGGGCGGGGGGAAGGGGAAGAGGGCUGAGCCUGGAGCAGGGACUUCAGAAGGGGAGAGCGCUGCAGGAAGUGGGGGCGGCGCCGCAGCCCCUCGGGGGACCGGCGGAGAGGGGUCUGAGGCACCCCGGAAACGGAUUUCACCUCGGUGCCACCGCGAUUUCCGAGCGUGGGGAGAGGAGAGAGACCUGCUGGCCCCAAGCGGCUGCUGAGUAAUUGCCGGCGGCAGCGGCAGCCGCCGCCACGCGAGGGUUUGGCUUCCACGUCCUAUCGACGAACUGCAGGCACAGUAGUUGCUGCAGCAGUAGCGGCUCCACAGCAGCAGCUCCAGCUCCUCCUCCCGGUUCUUCCCCUGCAGCUGCCGCCGCUUAGGCUCUUCUCCGGGCCAGUGCCCCUUGUCCCUGGGGCUUCUCAGAGCCCCCCUCCCCUUUUCUCCCCUCGCUGCCUCCUCCUCCUCCAUGUCGGAGCAGCAGCAGCCGCCUCGGCGGCGCGAGGAAGAGAGCGAGCCGGACUCGGCGGCCGCGGCGCCCCUGCACGAUGCGGAGCUGGCCCUGGCCGGCAUCAACAUGCUGCUUAACAACGGUUUCCGAGAGUCCGACCAGCUCUUCAAACAAUACAGAAAUCACAGCCCAUUAAUGAGUUUUGGAGCCAGCUUUGUCAGUUUUUUGAAUGCCAUGAUGACAUUUGAGGAAGAAAAAAUGCAGUUGGCGUGUGAUGACUUAAAAACAACAGAGAAAUUAUGUGAAAGUGAAGAAGCUGGGGUUAUUGAAACCAUCAAGAAUAAAAUCAAGAAGAAUGUUGAUGCCCGAAAAUCUGCACCAUCUAUGGUUGAUCGACUUCAGAGGCAAAUAAUUAUAGCAGACUGUCAGGUUUACUUGGCUGUACUUUCUUUUGUGAAACAAGAGUUGUCAGCAUACAUAAAAGGUGGAUGGAUCCUUAGAAAAGCCUGGAAAAUCUACAACAAAUGCUACGUAGACAUCAAUGCUCUACAAGAACUGUAUCAGAAAAAGCUAACCGAGGAACCCUCUGAUGCUGCAAAUGAUAACCACGUUGCUGUGGAAGGGGUAUCAGAGGAAUCUCUAAAUAGACUGAAAGGGGCUGUUAGCUUUGGAUAUGGACUGUUUCAUCUCUGUAUAUCUAUGGUGCCCCCAAACCUUCUCAAAAUCAUCAACCUGCUGGGUUUUCCUGGAGACCGACUGCAAGGCCUUUCUUCAUUGAUGUAUGCCAGUGAAAGUAAGGACAUGAAGGCUCCUUUAGCUACAUUAGCUCUACUGUGGUAUCACACUGUAGUUCGUCCUUUCUUUGCCUUGGAUGGCGGCGAUAACAAGGCAGGCUUGGAUGAAGCCAAGGAGAUUCUCCUGAAGAAAGAAGCUGCUUAUCCAAAUUCUUCCCUGUUUAUGUUCUUCAAGGGACGAAUACAGAGAUUAGAGUGUCAGAUCAACAGUGCCUUGACGUCUUUCCAUACGGCUCUGGAACUUGCAGUAGAUCAGCGAGAAAUUCAACAUGUCUGUCUCUAUGAAAUUGGUUGGUGCAGUAUGAUAGAACUGAACUUUAAAGAUGCUUUCACUUCCUUUGAAAGACUCAAAAAUGAGUCAAGGUGGUCUCAAUGCUAUUAUGCAUAUUUAACUGCAGUUUGCCAGGGAGCCACUGGUGAUGUGGAUGGGGCACAGGUCGUAUUCAGAGAGGUACAAAGGCUUUUCAAAAGGAAAAACAACCAAAUUGAGCAAUUCUCAGUCAAAAAGGCAGAGAGAUUUCGUAAGCAAACACCGACCAAAGAGCUCUGUGUACUAGCAUCCAUUGAAGUGCUGUAUUUGUGGAAAGCCCUUCCAAACUGUUCCUUUCCCAACCUACAGAGAAUGAGCCAAGCUUGCCACGAGGUUGAUGAUUCGUCUGCUGUUGGAUUGAAAAAUUUGCUUCUUGGUGCCAUACAUAAAUGUUUGGGAAAUUCAGAAGAUGCUAUUCAGUUUUUUCAGAGAGCUGUCAAAGAUGAGUUGUGCCGUCAGAAUAAUUUAUAUGUUCAACCAUAUGCUUGUUAUGAACUCGGGUGUCUCCUGUUGGAUAACCCAGAGACUGUGGCGAGAGGCAGAACUCUGCUUUUACAAGCAAAGGAGGAAUUCACUGGCUACGACUUUGAAAACAGAUUACAUGUCCGCAUCCAUGCAGCCUUAGCCUCUUUGAGGGAAGUGGUACCUCAGUGACAGACCAGAAGUCUUGAUUUAUCCCAUGCCACACAGUUUUCUGCACUUUAAAACACAUGCAGAGGAUAGAGCUAUUGGGAAGAUCAGCUUUGGCUUUUCUUCUGAAAACCACCUGUGCCAGAGAUACAUUUUUGGAGUUGGGCUGACACAUUAAAAAUCUCCUCUUCUAAACAAAUUACUUUUUAAAAAGUCAGCUGGUGAGAGGGUUAAGUGACCUUGUUCAAACAAUUUAGGUUUUUUCAUUUUAAUUUUUGUUUGUCAAAUAUAGUUGACCUGUAAUCAUUCAGGAAAAAUUAUUAUAAGCACACAUUUGACUUGAUGACAUUAACAAUUGUAUUAUAAAAAGUAAAAUUAAUAAUCAUAGUACCACCAACAUUUGUGUUGCGCUUUGAAACAAUAAAAACACCUUCCAGUCUUUUUACUUUAUCCUUAUAAUGUUCCUAUGAAAUAUAUAUAACAUUAUCCCAGUAUUACAGAUGACAAGACACAGGCCCAGAGAGAUUUUUAACUUGGUCCAGGUUGCACAGUGAGUUAAUGAUGGAGCAGGGUCUCCUAGUACAAUUAUCCUACCAACCCAAUAUUCUUUUAUUGGGAAAAAAAAUCAUAUAUGACAGACCUCUGCAUUUUUUCUUUUAGCUCAGAUGAUAUAAUCUAAAAUAAUUAUCUCUCCAGAUUAUUUCAGUAUUUUUCAAAAUAGCAAGGACCAGAAUUUUUUUUUCUCAAGACAACUAAAAAAAUGAGGGAAACAGAAAUUAAUUAUUUAGCCAGGACUAUAGCUGUUGAGCAAACUUAAUUUAAUAGCUUAUUCUAAAAACUGGAUAUUAGAUAUUUAAAUUAUAGGAUUUUUCACCUUUUCUGUGAUAAAUUGUGAAAUUACUUAAAUCCUUAGUUUUGGAGUCCAAUUAGUUUUCUUAUUACAAUUUUUUUGCUUAACUUGAGUUGAGGGGGUGUGUUAACUUGCAAUAUUCAAUUGAAUAAUGAUUUUCUGGGUUAGGUGUUACUAGAGUUCAACUAUUUUUUCCCUGUGGUCCAAUCUUAGAUGAUUAAAUAUUGUAACAAGGUAGUUCAAAGUCAGGUUUAAGUCCCCUAAUUCCUAAUUUUUUAAUGUUACCUAACUUAACCACCCUGUAUAGUAUAUUACACUUGCGAUAUUGACAUAUCUAAAUUCCUCAAUCAAUUUUACUCCCUUUUUUUAGUUUUACUCACUUCUACCAUGACUGUGUUGGAUUUGAACAAAUCUGAAGUACUUCCUAACUAUGAUUUCUCACGACUUAACACUAGUCAUCCCUUUAGAGAAUCCAUUUCCUCAUGUAGCCUUUGCACUGAGGUCAACCCUUAUGCAAUAGUAACAUUUUGAUUUUACUUUUCAAAGUUCACAAAGGGGGAGAAUUUGACCAGAAUAUUGGUGAACUUUAAUAAACUCUUGGGAUUGAUUUUUGAGGAAA